AUGGAUAUCUCUAGGGCAUUUGAAUCUCCGCCUCCACAGUGUGAUGGCUGUGACACAGCAUUUCCAGAACCGCAUAUUAUGCUUGCAACAAUCAACCGUCCCCGACAGCUUAAUUCGAUCCCGUACGCCCUCCAUUGGCAGAUGGACGCCUUGUUUAAGUGGUUUGACAACGAGCCCUCGCUACGUGUUGCCAUUGUAACAGGCGCUGGGGACCGAGCAUUUUGUGUCGGUUCGGAUUUGAUCGAGAUGCAGCGGGUCAAAAAGUCCGGCAACGACUCAUGGAAAGCUGAGCCGUACAAGUACAACCACCCAAGUUCUGGGUUUGCUGGGCUCAGCAGAAGGGAAGGGAAGAAGCCGAUUGUGGCAGCAGUGAACGGUUAUGCAUUAGGUGGAGGGUGGGAAAUUGCCUUGAACUGUGAUGUGGUCAUUGCCACUCCAAGUGCGCAAUUUGGUCUUCCUGAGGCAAAGGUCGGACUGUACGCCUAUGGUGGCGGGCUUCCUCGUCUGAUUCGCACCGCAGGGCUGCACGUCGCCAGCGAGAUUGCCCUCAGUGGACGGUCCAUCACUGCAAAGGAAGCGUUGCAGUAUAAUCUUAUCAAUCGAAUUUCAAAGAAACCAGAAACGCUCAUCGAAGAGGCUAUCAGUAUCGCACGAGAAAUUGCCGCAAUAUCCCCAGACGCAAUGAUUAUUACGAGGUCAGCUCUAAGAGAAGCUUGGGAGACAUCCAGCGUUGAAAGAGCGUUUCAAAAUACUCACGAGAGAUUCUACGAGAAACUCAUGGCUGGCGAAAACUCUAGCGAAGGAUUAAUUGCCUUCAAAGAAAAGAGGCCGCCGAGGUGGAAACCAUCCAAACUAUAG